CAUGUUCCAUGUAUCACUCAUUCCGGAGUAAAAUGUCAUUCGGCAGGUCUCACCUCUUGAUGCAGUCAGCGACACGCCAUAUGGCCUGGAGGGAGCGAGUUAGACAUGGAUCUCGACGACAGCCAGGAUGACGCCGGCGACGCCACGGUCAUCACAAAGCUCAAUAGCCCUCCCCUAGGAGCCAACGACGCGGAUAUAUAUGACCCUGAAAAUUCACACGCUGUGCCAUUCUCAACAGCCGCAGAUGCUCUUGAGCCGACUGUGUUCCACCAUCGAAAAUGGGAUCGUCUACGCAAACGCUACCGGGACCAAUAUCUCGAAAUAUUCAAGGAGACAUUCGAGACCGAGGAUAGAGACAACCUCGGCGACGACUUACCUCCAACUCAGCUCGGGGCCGUUCUUUGGCGAUCCGAAGAAAAAUCCAGGCUGUAUGACGCGCUGGGUCGCAAAGGACGACAUGAAUUGAAAGCCCUUUCGAUAUUGGUUGGCACAAAGUCUGAGGUCGAGAUCAAAGCGUACCUGGACAACCUGCGAGGACAGGAGGCGGACCGUCAACGGUUCGAAGCACAGCCGAAGAACAUCUCCCACGCCGACAUCCCUGCUGCUAUUGAGAUUGGCCGUGAAUGUGAAGAUGUCCUUGACACGGCUGCAGCCGCCUUGUCAGCGUUUCAGGAACAAUACGACGCUACUGUUGGUCAAACCGGCAAUAACUUAUGGUUCAUCGAUCAUGACGUGGCCGCUGAGCUGGAUCAGAAGGGCGACGAAUUGGAACCAUCUGGAAACACUCGUGACCCAGAUUCUGAAGAUGCACGCGCGCCAAUUUCUGAAAGAGCAGUCCAGGCUUUCCAUCUCUCAACAUUUCUCGUGCUGAGCGAGCGCUUCUUCAUGAACAGACUUGCUGAUAGCCCGGAGUUCUGGCAAAAUAUAGCAGAGGAGAGUCAACGCCCAGCGCUGACCUUGGACUGUAUAACUCUAUUCUACGACUUGAUCGUCAACUUUGCACGUCGGUUGAUCCAAUCGUCUCUUUUCAUUGCCAAGUCUCGCGUUCGUGCUGCGGCGACCAAAGACUACCAACCCGGAGGACUUGUCAGAUCUGAAGACGUAGUUGCGGCUCUAGAUGUGUUGGGCGUCAAAAAGGACUCGGAGUCGUUCUGGAUUGGGCUGGCGAGGAGAAAUGGUCUAAGAGUUGUGGACGACGCACAUCGAAGAGGCGUGGAUGGGAAGGCCGUUAUGUCGUUCGAGAAAGUGGAAGAAACAUUGUCAAGUCGUCCCAGAACCAGGUCAGGUUCGAGUACAUCGGCGGCAUCAACAAGAAGCCAUCCACCCUCGGAGGAAACCUCGGGUAUGGGCGAUCUUGCGGACGACAAUGAAGACAGCCCUGGUUCUGAUGACGAUGAGCAGUCUUCGGCAGGCACUAGCUACUCCGACGCGGAAAGCGAGGGGCCAGAAGCAAACAAUCCUGGCGUGGAAAAUUAUGAUUCAUCAUCUGAUGAGCCUUCGGCUUCGCGGAUAUCAAGGGAAAAGCGGACACAGUUUCUCGAGGAAGAACAAGACCUCUACCUGACGAGAAUGGACCGAGAAGCCCGAAGGAGGGAAGAAUCCCGGUUGUUGGCUCUGCUCGGUCUUCAAGAUACUCAAGAUGAGAAGAAUAUAAAGGAAGAAGCAAUCGAGGACCUGGGACUUCGACCACGAGUGCUGAGGAAAUCUGUUGAAGAUUGUAUGGGAUGGUCUGUCCAGUACGAGGCUGAGUGGGAGAGCAAUGGGAGAAUGCUGCCUUCCGAGAGCCCGUCGCUGGCGGAGCCUGCGCCAAAGAGGAGAAGACUGGAGCCGGAAGGUGAUAGUGGCUGACGCAAGGCUCAUGCAUCUCUCCUACGCAUCAAGAGUCGCACAUGGGACGGAGAUUUGUUGUUCGCGGGUUGAAGGCAAAUGGGCAGAGGGCGCCGCGGAUGAUCUCAGUGGCUGGAGGAUUAGGGGAAGCUAGUGAAGCUUAAGUUUUUAGCGGCCGAUCGUUCGAGCUUCCGACUCGGGAAAUUCACCGCCUCGGCCUGUAAACAACUUGGAGCUUCC